AUGGACUGUCUUGUUGCCGCUGUUCUUAGAUUCCACAGUGAGCUGUUGAAGGGCUUAGAGACAGAGGACAUAGACAAGUCCAGCAAUAGUCAACAACUGAAGCCCCUGAUUCUGACCACUAUAUUGAGCUCUUCUCAGGAGGUGCACAAAACCCUUUUGAAGACUUCACUCCUAUUAGACAAUGCGUACGUUCACGAUGCGCGCCAGUUCCUAGGUCAAACGCCGCUAAGGGCGCUCCUUGAUUGUACACUCAGUGAAAGCCAGGUGUAUCCAGCAAAACAAAAUCUCUCAGCCCUUCGUCUACCGCUUGUCUACAUGCUUACAGCUACCCUCUAUAAUAUUUACCAGUGUGACGAAGCGCUCCAACCUGAGUCUUCAUCCUUAUUUACUGCUUUCUUGUAUCAGGAUGCUGGGCCUCGCCACAUGCUCUUGACCCUUUUGAACCGCAUGAUUGCUUUGCUUUUCUUCAUCAGGCUCAAUCCCAAUAGCCACCUAGCAACAGUAUGCUUUGGCAUCUUGAGAAAAAGUCUGCGAGUCGCAGUCUCCGGUCAGAAUGUGGAUGUACUUUUACCUAGCGACGGGAAGCUUGUUAUGGAUACCACGGACCAAAUUGGCCUUAUCGACCUAGCGCUUUACAGCAAGGAAGGUCUUAGAUUUUUGUUUUCGCUCGCUUCACUAUUAGAAGAUGUGCAUCACUAUGCUCUCAUCACACAAAUGAGAGAGAAAACUCAGAUCUCACCAAAGUUUCUAUUUUCUAGAAGGUUACGUGUUAUAUCUCACAUUUGCAAGACAUCUGCCAGCAGGCCACACGUAUGCACCGCAUAUCUGCAGCCUGUCGACCUCCUCACACUUCAGAGCACAGCUAUUGACGCUAUCUUUACAAUGCUGAACUGUGUAGAAGAAUAUGAAACAUUUAUAUGGGCAUUAAAGAGCUCCUUAUCGUGCUUAAGAGAGAUUGUUUUCUCAAGGGUUUCGCCCGUACACAUAAGCAGAACCUCUGGGUCUCUACGUACCAUGUAUCGGUCUACAGGCUUUUUAUAUGCGUUAGAAAAGCUUGAUGUGUUGCUUUCCAAGGAUGGUACGGGACUUCAUGAAAUAUCUCUUGCUCUCGCGUUCUAUGUGGAUUGUAUCCAGCGCCUUGCUAGCCUUCGGUGCAAUCUGAUUGCCCAUCAAGCCUCUUCUUCCAAAGGAGGAAAGCUCGUUGUGAAAAGUGAUCUGACUAGUCGCUUACUUAGUGAUAAGCUAGAGAAUGUCCUGCUUAGCAUACUAACUAAGUACUUCAGCAUAACGGUUUCACUAGAUACUCUAGACUCAGAUUUUCUUGUAUGUACUCUUAUUAAAAUCUUUCAGUUGGCGCCGGUGCGGAUGGAUGCCGUUUUCAAUCUAUUUCUAGGUUUAAUUAAGACCAACAUUAAGCGGCAUAUGGCGGCAAACGUUGAUGCUGCGUUUCUCCUCCAUCUUAUGUUGAUUCUCUACAGAGUGUGUCUUGCUAUCGGAGCCCCUACGGGAUCCACGUGGCUUGACCAAGCUGAGGCCCAUUGCAUUACUAUGAUUACUUACGUAGCGCUACCCUUUAUUUAUAAAGAAUGCGUCCCGUUUUUACAAUCUCUGCAUACUACACUUUCUCCAGAGGAUGUUCCCAUCUUUCAAGAGGCACUCCUUGGACUUCUAGAAGUGUCCCCGACCGUGUAUAGAUCUAUCACUAGAGAAUUGAUCGACCCCUCAACGCCAGGGAGCUCGCUGCACACUACUUGCAAGACUAUAUAUAACGAGUGCUUUACUGCGCCGAAUGAGACAGCCUCACUGACAACAGCUAAAUUUCUUGACAGUUUUCUGUCUGUCUCAUGGGUAUAUAAAGGCUACUCAUCCAUGCUUCAGCAGCAAAUGUUCAAACUCCUGUGCGAUAAUCUGAUUACCUUCUUAGAAUUCGCCUAUGUCUCAACAUUGUGCAUCAGCGAACCUCCCUCCGGUAAUGUCUUUCUUGACGUUUACUCUCGUGUCGUUCGUGAGGUUAUCGCGUAUGGGGGGCCAUGUCUGGAAAUCGUUCUACUUUGCAUGCUCUUCCAACACAUUACACUCGGCCAUUUUAAUAAGAAGGAGCAUCAACUAGUUACCUUUUGGAAGGCAUCUACCUCGGUUGAGUUGAUUCAUCUUUUCGACUAUGUCUUGGUUGAAUUUGAGAAGUUGUCAAUAUCACCCCAGAAUGUGCUUAUACUCAUGUUUAUUCUUAUUGGGGAAAUGCUCAACUUGUCUGCAUUAUUAGAGGAGACAAUCCACGAAGCUCAACCUGAGCAGUACGUUCGAGGGUAUGACUUUGAUCUAAGAACGCUACUAAGGAAGAUCAUGACGCUUGUACUUAGCGACAAGAGUGCCCGGCUUGACCUCAUUCACCAGUGCCUUAUCUUUCUAUGUGCUUCAUCUAUGUCCUGCUAUAUCAUCUCUGGCUCUUUGUUUCAAGGCAUUCCGUCCUUUCUGUCUGUUGGUGGCAAUAAGCGUUCGCUCCGGGGCAGACUCCAGUCUAUUAGAGACUCUUCACACAGUUAUCAGGCAGGAAAAUGGAGUAAGCUUGUGUCUCGUGACUUCACAGUAUUUCAAUCUGCUUUGUAUGACUUGGUGCUCCACGAUCCUGCAGCAGGCCAUGACGAUAUUUCUAUUCGUCUCCUGUUCUUGUCAACCCCGUCGCUAACACUUUGGAAAGCCUCUUCUCAUCGUUCACUACGGUGCAUAGCUGCGUCCUUAGAAUAUUUGCAUGAACUUACGACAGGUGGUAAAGCUUACUUUUCUCGUCUGGCCCUCAACCUGUUUAUACGUUCAUGCAUUCUCAGCGGGGAGCAACACACACUUCGCAUCAUUGCAGACUUUACUGCGAAAGUCAAUAUCUUCCCCGCAUUCUUCUCUGCUGCCGAUGAGGAUUCGCCUCUAGAUGUGCGUCUGCUCUCUCUGCUGCUAAAGCAGUCUAGUUCCCUUAUUCUCCACAAUGCCGUUGCUCGAUAUUUACUGAAGCAAUUGGGCAGCGAGCUCCCCUGUUACUAUCUGCUAACGGAGCGGCAAGAGGCUUCUGCUGAUGAAGACGGAAUGCUGCGCUUUCUCUCCUACUUUAAUGUGCUAUUUCAAAUUCAGGUACAUCCAUUGUUGGAGCCGAGUCCUGAUCAGGUGACUCAAACCUUACAAGCAGAAGCAAUUGUUCCAGGGAACUUUUUAAUAUUGCGCUCGGGGAGCUCUCCACUUAAAAGGGCACGCAAAACAGUCUCGCUGAGUUCGAUAAAUGCUACAAUCUUUACUUAUUGCCACGUGAAAAAUAGCUAUACGAUGACUCUUACGUUGACUAUUCACAAGGGAGCAGGUGACACAACUAGGCCGCAACCAGAGGCAAUAACCUUGACCAUUUGGAUACAGGAUGGAUCAGUUUUCUUUUCUACAAGUCUAAGCACGUCGUCUAGCAAGUAUAUUGUUCCAUUGGAUGAAAGAGCUGAGUGGAUAUACAUUGAGGCAACGUUUUCGCCUGAAAACCUUGUUUUAUUGUGUUACACAAUUCUCAGCAAAGGGGAUUCUUUUAUCACAUCUAUCCCUCUGGACAUUGAUACUUCAAGCUCACUGCUAGAAGCACGCCUGGACAUAGACGCGGCAAUAAGGCUUCUAUAUCUUAGCGAUGACGCCUUUUGCGCCGUCAAUAGUGUUGCAGUCUCAUAUCCGACAAGGAUCUACCCUGUUGCCAUUUACACUCAGCAACAAAACGACCGACAACACUUCCAACGUUUUCAAGCACCAACAUUUACAUGGGCUUACGCAGAGACCAUUGGCUAUUCGUUUAUAAUGUAUGAUGAUACCGCAGAUGGUGAGCUAGUCAGAGCCAUCAUGCCACAGGAUGUCUGGAAUUACGACAUAAGUGGGUUGUUCCAGAUACUCUCCCUUCUCUUCCUUGGAGAGAAUGGGUGCAGUGGGAAGACGCCUCGCUACAAGCAAGAGUUCGAACCGGCUCUUCUUCUGAAGCUUCUUCAUAUGUUGCAGGACGCAGAGGUAGAAGAGAUAUUUAGUCGUGCCUGUGGGUAUAAGCUUCUCAUCGCCUACUUCUCCAUACUGCACUGGCCCCUACGGAUGCAAGCUCUUCAUGUGGUUGUUGUAUUUACAAGGCUUCUGUUUGAAUUCAUUAUCAGCUCUCAGCGUGAGUCACAUCCACACCUACUUCUUUUGUUGACGAAACUUUAUCACGAGCUUAUCAUUGUUCCAGUUGCGCUCUACUUUCCUGAUGCAAGUCCAUCUAAAGAAGUGACUGAAUUGCAGAGCUGGCAAUGGACGGUAGCAGAGCAGUCCUUCUACGUGAAACUUUGCCAGUUACACCACAUGGUUUUCUCGGAGGGGUACUAUCUCCUUCGCGGUGUUGGCGAAAGAACAGCACCCGUCUGCUUUAUCAUGUAUCAAUUACUUCUUUUCUGUCGUGUAUCAGAUGAGAUUGCCAACUGUAUUGGCGCCACCUCGUACGGCAGGCCAAUGGAGCAGUUUGUAGCUCUUUUGCGGAGGUAUUCACAGGACAAUGAUACGCACACAAUUAUGUUAGUGCAGCUUCUUAAAUGCAUGUCUCUGCCCUUUCCAGUCACGACAUCGUUCUCAAAUAAGGACUUGAUUGCACUAAUUUAUGACCUGUACACAAACGCUGUAAGGGAGGAGGCGUAUUCUAUUAUCAAAGCUGUCCCUGUUGUGGCAGAUCUUUAUUUUUACGAAAAGAUGCUUCUGUUGCCCGUUAUUUUAUCAAUAGACGACGUCGCUGUCUCCUCUACCCUAACGAGACUGAUAUGGAAAGACUGGGCACCAAGGAAGGAGGCAAUUCCUGAGCUUCUUAUUGGCAUCGAGCAGCUUUUGGAAAGCACAGAUUUUUCAGUGUCAGAAGAACCAAUUCUUAAGACAUUUACUACACUAUACGGCAUCACAGACUUCUUCGCAUUUCUUCUUUUCAAUUUGCUUGUCAAGGGGCAGUAUGAUCGUUUUGAGAAAAUGCUAGUGACUUAUGCAGUGCUACCACUUGUUGCAGAUGAGUCAGUGUCUUGCCCUAGUUCUCUAGCUUCGUUGAGACAUGUUCUCGGGCUCUCCGAUGAAUUAUUAUAUACAGAAUACAUUCACAUGACAACAGGACUCGUUUCUCUAGCUGCAUUGGCGCUAUUUUCCCAGGUCGGUGCAGAUGUGCUAUCCCUUCUGGGCUUGGAUGAGGCCAGUAGAAACUACAGCGCGUUGGAUGGCAGUGUCUCGUUGCUUCGAAAGAUACUCGAUAUGAUGGCCGCACUUUUGGAUCACUUCACGACCACGCAUUCUUACAUAGCUACAACAAUAUCCAUACUUCGUUCUGUGUGUGUAUUUGCAAAGAGUGAUGAUGACCCGGCAGAAUUUCUUCAAGAGCUAGCUACCAGACUAUCAUCAGUCAACGGCCUCGCUACUGUGUGGCAAUCUGCUCCGCUUUCCUUAGUGUGCACCUGCUUGAAUACCUACUCAAAGGCAGCUGCAGAGCAACUCCACAAAAAGCUUGACGUUCUUCGCACAAGUGCAUCUAUCGACGUGCUUCCCUUCUCUACGGAUGGGAACUCCGCUCGAUGGACUCCAUAUCUACCUGAUGAACUGCGCUUUUGCCCCAUUGGAAACCCGUUUAUCAACAUGCCUAGUAUGCAGAAUGCAAGGGCAGAUGGAGAUUCGGCUGAGCGUUACGUCUGCCCAGGCUGUCUGUCUUCCAUAGCUCUCCAAGGGCUUUCACUCGAAAUGAUACGGGCAAUCUGUGGAAACGUAUGCAUUAUCUGCAGCUACACACCAAAAUAUAGAUCUCCCAAGACUAUUGUCGCGUCUGUAGACUCUUUCGGGAUCUUUUCAACCUUAGCUCAUCUCGAAAUGAUGAACGCUUCUGCUGACACAGCGUUUUCUUUGGAUGGGCAAACAAAGACCGAAGGUAGACAUAAGGGAGGAGACCUGGCUGAUUCAUCCACUGCUUUACAUCUAUUCUAUCAGAAGUAUCUAUACUCCAGGGAGUCUAUCGUGGCUCACUUCUUUCUGCCACACCCCAUAUAUAAGCAAAUGCAUCAUCUCAGUAGCCAAAAGUUGGUGUUACUAAGUCCAUCUGUAUUUUCAUAUCCCUCUGUGCGCCUAAGUCCCACCUUCAUCCAGUCUGACGUCAAUGGUCGCUUGGCAGAUUCUUGUCUGACUGAUAUUGGCGGUGCGUUGCCACCCCUCAGUUCAACGAGCUUAAGGCAGUAUAGUGUGACAAAUACCAGCACAAGCCGUCGUCUUAUAGAGUUUGGCGACGUCUUAGUGGUAUCCCUGGUCUAUACAGGAUACGGGGUGCUCAGCCUCCGUGUAUCCUCAGACCUUAUUGACAAGGCUGAGAAGCAAGCCCCGCCAAUGGGAGAGCAGCUUGUGAUUACGGAUAAAUAUCAGGAAAAGAUGUGCUUCUCAGUAAUGGACACUGAGCCCAACUUUGUAGCAUACACUGGACACCAAAGUCAGACGUUUCUAUUCAAUUGGGCGCGAUUUGACCAGCGAUCAGAGAGCGAUGCAGACGACUCCACUGGAGCACUUCAAGCUGCAGAUGAACCCGCAAACUCUGCUAUUAAGGAGCAUCAAGAAGCAGAGUCGUUCUCUAUUCUGAGGCGUCUCUUGUGCACAAAGGAUAACCCUCGAAGCAUCCAUCUAGAAAAUAGCUUUUCUAGGAAGCAGGACAGCUUUGGCCGGCGGAUAUCGUAUGGGCUCUACGACUAUUGUAUGUCUACUCAGAAUAGGGCCUACCAUAAGUAUAAGGAGGUUGAACUGUCCAUUGAGUAUUCGCGAAUCCUAUACAUGGUUCCGUUCUUCUUUAUUCGAAUGCAACCUGCCUUGCAGAUAAUCGAAUCUAAUGGGGCUGUGCAUGUCCUACUCUUCAAAACGCAAGAGCAUGCAGUUAAGCUGAUUCACAAUUACGGUUAUUACCGUCGGUUCGGGUGCGGAGAAUCUGGUAGUGGAAGCGCUUAUGGCACCUGCUACUACUAUUCCAAGUCCCCUUAUAAGAAGAAGGGUGUUCUCUUGGACUUCGAGACCAUUGUGUCUACUUUCCAGGCAGAGCUCCUUGGACAGCUACGGCUGAUCUUGGGUCGCCGUAUCUCUCUCUUGAUGGCUAACAAUACCAUUUCUCUGACAAUGAUCCAGUUCUCUGUAUUCACAUUGCUCUCGGCAAUGAACAUGAUCGCAGCGCGUUCCCCUGUUGUAUCUUACAUAUACCCCAUUUUCCCAGCAUUGUCUCCACGAAAAUCUGCUAAGCCGCGAAAUCUAAGGUAUCCGCUGCCUGCACAGAGCAACACCUCCCUCUGUAAGAGCAUCGCCAAGUAUGCAGAGAUGUCCCUUGGUGAGCUGCAAAGCACAUCUCUUCAGGACAAGAUGGCUGCAACUGCUUUCCUUAACGACAUCCUUAAGCAAAGCAUGCAGACACUGGAGAAGGCUGCUACAGCGAGCAGUGAAGACGCCAUUUCUUUCUUUAGAAAAGGCCUUGAAAGAGCCAAUCUGUCUCCCUCCGCCAUGAAGUUACUUUCGGCAAGCCCCCUCUUCAGAACGUUCAUAAGUAACAACAUGACUCUUCCUUAUUAUUGUUUUUGUGUGGAGCCCUUUACGUCGUUACAACGCAAUCUCCAAGGUGGGUGUUUGGAUGCCUUCUCACGACUUUUCAUUAGCCUGCGAUCUCACUGGGAGAAAGUGGAGCUGGGCAGCUCAUUCCACGAGGCCAUUCCGGAACUCUUCUAUACUCCGUAUAUUUUUACAAAUACUAACGGAUUGCAGCUUUCCUCUGACGCCGAAACUGUAACGGAAGCCUUGCAAUCCACACCCUCGCAGGCGAUCGACACAGUGCAUGCUCAGAGAACUGCUCUAGAAUCUACAAUCUUCUCCAAUCAAGCAGACCAGGGAGGGCUCCGGUCGUGGAUUGAGUUACUAUUUGGAUCUAAGCAGCAAUCUCUGGAUGCACUGAAUCUCUUUCCCAGUGGCACUGCGGAGUAUUCUCCAGGUGAGGCAAGCAUCGCUACGAGUCUUUACUUUGGGACCUAUCCUAUACGAUUGCAUCAAGACGAGCUUUCCAAGUUGCUGGCGCUGAUGGAUAACGUGCACAAGCCCACAAAGAUGGCCGAAGAGCUAGUUCUAACGCACAGCGUUGAUAUAAGAAGAUAUCUGCAUACGGUUCCUUUUGAACAGUUGACACCAGGGUCUGUGCAAAGUGUAACUGAAAAGUGCGAUCUAAUAUUUCGGCACUUUAACCAGCCAGCGCUCUGUGUUGCAGGACGACACGUUACUCUGGCAAAUCACAUAAAUGGAUUGCUUUGGACCACCAAAGACUGCAUUGUCAUAGAUACCUACAUGCUCUACUUUGAUAUUAAUCGCCAAGAGAUCAGCGUAUUCGAGCUGUCUAAGGUAUUCUUGGACUCCUUCCACGUAGCUCCAAAAGGAGGGUCCGGAGGGCUUUCCUCCGUCUUCACCGGUGGUAACCUUGGGCGUGAACAAGAGUCAGGAAGCCUCAACACUCCAGAUCAAUUGCUAUCAGGAGCACAACACCCACCUCCAGGGCAGAUCGUUAUUCUAGGAUUCUCACGUGCUUCUGGCUCGCAGCCACGGUUAUUGACAAACAUCCCCGUGGCUCAGCUAGCUAAGCAAGGCAAGACCAUAGGAAUGCACAUCACUACAUUCAAGCUGGCCAGCACACUCGGUAGACGGUGCUCUACAAGCAAAAAUGCCAUUAUAACUAAGAUCGACAGUGCAGGGUACAUGCCCUUCUAUGGGUAUGUCCUCCACUUAUACACCGACCAGGGGAUCAUAUUGGCCAAUAUCCGCAACCUGUCUACUGAUGCACAGCCACAAUUAUUUAUCAUUCAGCAUUGUCCCCUCGAUGUAGGAUACUACAGCCGACUGGCCAUGUCAAGUUUUCUCCACGUUCCCGAGCUCUCACUGGUUUGCUACUACUCGCCCCAUGUUCUUCAUGUCCUGGAAUAUAAUUCACUGCAUCGGACUGUAUCCUAUGGUUCACGAGAAACAGACUCUCCCUACCUCUUAGCCAAAUUUAGAAUCUCAUAUGAAGAAAAGCUAGCAAUCACUUACUGCGCAGUGCAUGAGCGGCAAGGGCUCAUUGCUGUUGGUCUCUCUGUCCUAAAUGACGACACAACAGUGGACUCGGAAAGGACGCUCCAAUAUUACAUAUACCUGUACACCUUGGGAAACAUACACAUAAAAGCACUGAGUGUCCCAGCGCCUGUACAGCACAUUGCCUUCUUCGGGGGGUACGACGAUGGCUUUGCAGGGUACAUGCUCGUGAAUAAGCAGCUCGUAUACUCCCUCGAUUCUGACGUUUCAGAACACAUAAGGAAGGUCUGUGAGACUGAGAUACUAGCCGACUCUUUGGCUGUGGUAGAUGGCGCAAUUGUAGGGUAUCAAAGAGAGACAUUCAGAUGGUACAGCUAG